AAUAUCUUGACAACAAACAUGUAAUUUGCUAACGUUUUGUUUUAACAUCAGGAUUUAGUCUGUUUUUUUCCUCUUUUGUCACAAUGUGAUUGACUUUCUUCAAUAUUUGUUCCUACUAAAAAAUGGUGCGAGCUUGAUUUCGUAUAGAAAAGUAUUUUAUAUGGAAUUUGAGUUCGAUGUAAACAAAGUCCUGCCAAAUACUAUAACGUUUGUUGAUUGCAAAAGAUCACCCUUUGCAACGCAUGCAAGAGAUGUAAAGUCACUUCGUAAGCAACUUGACAAAGUCAUUGAUGCCUUAGGAUCUGCAUCAUCGAAAGCACAAGGGUUACACACAGUCAUCACAACUGCAGCUAAGCUACAAUAUUCUGAUCAUGAGUUGUAUAUUCUCAAGGACAUUAGUGCAAAUGGAGGUCAUGGUGCAGCAAUUGGAAUGAUAAAAGUUGGACGCAAAACACUUUUCUUAAUGGAUAUCCAUGGUGUUCAACAUGAAGUGGUUCCACUUUGUGUGAUGGACUUCUAUGUUCAUCAUUCAAAACAACGCAAUGGUUGUGGAAAGAAACUGUUUGAACAUAUGUUGAAGAUUCACAAUCUUCAGCCAUCUCAAGUUGCAAUUGAUCGUCCCUCCCAUAAAUUUCUUUCCUUUUUGAAAAAGCACUAUGGACUUCAAAAUUCAAUAUCACAGCCAAACAAAUUUGUAGUGUUUGAUCAAUUCUUCCGGGAUAUGAAUGCAGUGGGUUAUGUUCCCAGACGAAGCCAAAGAUUAAGAUCAGGCAAUCAAGUCAACAAUCGUCCACAAGUUCACCCUUAUCGAAGAAGUUCUGUUAGUAACAGAGAAGAACAGCCGCCAACACAGCAACCUGCUAGAAGAUUAAGUACAAGACGUACUUCAAGAAAAGAUCAACCAAUGGAUGUAGAUGAUGAUGAGACAGAAAUCACAAAGUCUUUUCUGCCUUCCAUACCUGUCCAGCCGUCCAAACAACAGUCCACUGAAACUUUGAGAUCAGCCGGCAGUGCUGGAUCAAGAGAAUCAUCGUCACACGGUGUCAGAGGUUUGGCUGCUCAAGCCAGUCUUUACAGCAGACACAACUCUGCAGAUGUUGCGACUCAACGUCAUAACUCGACAGCCAAUCAGCAUUGGAAACGAAAUGCGAUUUCAGCUGGGACGAGGUCUCUACACGCAUGCUCCGAUGAUAAUCCGAUGGCAAUCGGUCAAUCUUUUAUGAAUGACAGAUCACCGGCCAGGGAAUACCACACACAUGGGUUUGCAAACAGAAGGCCUAUUACCCAACUCAGGCCACUCGCCAGCACAGGCCAGAGAAAAUCAAACGGGCAAUCAUCAACAACGAGCUACACGCUGUCAUCAGUGAUGAGCUCACAUACAAAACCAAACUCAACAAACCAUGGCACAUCUUGGAAUAUAUUUGGUAUUCCCCCCGUUAAUACAAGCCCAAAAACAUUGUAUCAAGCUAAACCAGGAAGAAUGUUCCCAUUAUGAAAAUGAACAUGGUCUGUAGAAAAUGUAUAUAUUCGUGUGAUUUUUAAAGUAUAUAUAUAAUUUUUUACAUUACAUACAAUAAAAGCUCCAUUCCAUAUAUAAUAUGUAUUUAUAAUAUAGCUACUCACUGUAUAUGAGCUAUUCCGCAAUCUGAUUGGUCGAGCUACCCAACGUAUAUGAGCUCAUAUACGGUGGGCAGCAAAACCAAAGAAAAAGCAAAAUGGCUGACCGGUU